AUGGCAGUGACAACUCAGUUGACAUGGAUGCAAGAAAAGAGUCUGCAAAAUUGUUUGGGAGGAAAGCAGUUCACUCUUCUCUAUAAGGCUAGUGUCCAUGGAUUCUCUUCUGAAAAUUUGCUGGAGAAAUGUUCUAAUCAAGGACCUACUGUAACAGUGAUUUAUGGUGAAGAUUAUGUUAUUGGGGCAUAUAUGCAAGGGAGCUACUACAGAGAUAACAAAGCUUCUGUCACCUUUUUUGCAUUUCAAAGGACUGAAAUUUCAGAAUUUGAAAUAAGAAUAUUUAACACACGUACUGACAACAAUAAAAUCAAGGAAAGAAGAUUUGGUAGUGGAGAAAUAUACUAUGGCUACCAUGAUUUACAGAUCAAUCUAAAUGACAGAAACGUAACUAUGGACCGCACUACAAGUAAAAAAUUUGCACUGCAUAAAUCUCAUAUUUCUUUUCAGGAAUGUGAAGUUUUUCGAUGUGAAGAUUCACUGGACAAAAGAAGGAUAGAAGAUGUCACUCUGCUCAGGAAGAGCUUAUUUUCUGACAUGAGAACUUACAACCCAUGUGGAGGUCUGGUUCACCAAACACGGAUUCUGCUCCUUGGUCCCAGUGGAGCUGGAAAGUCUAGUUUUAUCAACUCAGUGAAGUCUGUUUUCCGAGGCCACGUAACUAACCAGGCUGUGGUUGACUUUGGUACAAAGCAGGUGACAGAACGUUUCAGGACAUACUCCAUUAAGGAUGGAGAAACUGGAAACUCCUUACAAUUUGUUCUGUGUGAUUCCAUGGGGCUGGGUGAGAAAAAGGAGGGGUUGUGCACCGAUGACAUAUUCUACAUCUUAAAAGGUCACGUUCCUGACAGAUACCAGUUUAAUUCCAUAAAACCAAUCACAUCAAGCCAUCUUAAUUACAUUGACUCCCCAUGGCUGAAGGACAGAAUUCAUUGUGUCGUAUUUGUAUUGGAUGUCAACUCUGUUGAAAAUCUGUCUCAUGAGAUGGUAGCAAAAAUCAAAAGAGCUCAAAGAGAUGUGAUAAAGUGUGGUGUGGUACAUAUGGCUUUGCUCACUCAUGUGGAUGAUCUGCAUCUGAUUAUGAAAGCUGACCUUAUAAACCCAUAUGGAUGUAUGCCUGUGAAGCUCAAGCUAGAGGAAGUCCACAGAAAACUUGGAUUUCCCCUUUCUAACAUCUUGGUGGUUAGCAAUUACACCUCAGAGUGGGAGCUGAACCUUAUAAAGGAUGUUCUGAUUCUCUCAACACUGAGGCAAAUACUGUGGGCUGCAGAUGACUUCUUAGAGGAUGUGCCUGCUGAGGAAACAUUUGGUGGUUCAGAAGCUUGA